AGAAGGCGAGUCUUCAACAUUGUGACUGUAUACAUUAUUCUUAAAUUGGCAGAAGCAAAACUAAAUGCCAUCGAACGAACUAUAUUAAACGAAAUAUCCUCUCCAAGCAAACUUGACGAAGACACAAGUGCCACUUCGAGACAACGUACCAAAACAUGGGUGCAAGAUCAGCAACAAAAUGUGGCUCCAGACACCAAUCUAACCAAUGUCACCAGCAGGAGAAAGCUCAGCGUUCGAUUUGAUGAUCAGCCUCGUCAGACGGAUCCAAUUGCGACUGAUCCUGGUUCAGAGCAGUUACCACAACAAAUCCCCAUCGGUACCCAGAAAUUGCCAUCGGUACCCAGAAAUCCCCAUCGGUACCCACUAUCCACAACAUACCCUCGAGUACACCCACUAUCCACAACAUACCCUCGAGUACACCCAUCAUCCACAACCCUGUUCAACCUUACCCACCGUAUACAACCGUGGAACAUGACCCAGCUACAGUGGUAAACAAAUGUUUGGGGGCCGUCGCAGCAACCAGUGAUAAAUUGACCGCCAGUUUAGCAAGAAUAAGUCUUCCUAAAUGUCACCCCGAUAUAUUCUUCGGCGAUGCAACUACGUUACAUCCGUGGAAAAGCUCUUUCAAGGGUAUGAUUAGCGACUCUGAGAUAACCACAGAACAAGAGAUGAACUAUUUGCACAUGUACACUAGGGGAGCACCACAGAAAUUGGUGAACAGUUUUCGCAAAAGACAAUAUGGCGACUCGAACAAGUUGUUGAAAGAACUCUGGGUGGAGCUAGAAAAUCGUUUUGGCAACGUAGCGAUCAUAACCAAUACACUACUGACGCGAUUGAAAGAGGCUACAAAAUUCACUGACAGGGAUAAGAAAAGUCUGCAGGCGUUUUCAGAUCUGUGUAUCGAUGUGUCUUCCCAGAUUAAGCAACUUCCUGGACUUGCCUGA